AUAGCUUUAUGAUGGGGUUCACGUCGCUGGUGUUAACUGCGGGCGGCAGUUUGAACAAAGACUCGCUGCUGAAUCCUGAUCUCUCCAAACCCGAGCCAGUGUGAUGGCUGAGCAGCUCUGUUAGCUCACAUUUAGUCUUAUAUAACUCUCCCCAGCGUCUGUGGACCCCCUAGUGUUGUGUGGUGAUAACAUUAGAGUAGGUUUCAUUCUGAUUUCUGAUGGUUGAACAUGCUGAGAUGGAAACUAAACCCAGUCCAGUUGUGAGGCAUGUGUUAGUUGAGUGUGGGGUUGAACAUGACUGUGUGUGAGAGUGAGUGAUUGAAUGAGUGCAGGGUAGAAUAGGAAAGUGCUGUACUUGCACUGGUGUGUGUUCUCUAUUGUGCACUCAGUCUCUGCAGGAAUGCUGUGUUAGCGAACAUGUGGCAUGGCAGGAGGAAACACAAGCCCGACAUGUGGCCUAUAACACCAGCUCAACCACUGACUCUGAUCUAGAAAGUCAAAUAGAGCGAAGGAGAAGAAGCAGAGGAGGCUUGAAGAAAGGGCUGCUAUGGAUGCCGUGUGUGCUAAAGUGGUUGCAGCCAAUAAGCUUGAAGACCCUCUGUCGGCUUUUCCAGUGUUCAAAAAGUACGACAGAAACGGGUUAAAUCUGGAGAUUGAGUGUAAGCGGGUGACUGCUCUGUCUUCCAUCACUGUGGAGUGGGCUUAUGAGCUGACCAGAGCGAACGUACAGACACUAUAUGAACAGAGCGAGUGGGGAUGGAAGGAGAGGGAGAAAAGGGAGGAGAUGAAGGAUGAGAGAGCAUGGUAUCUCUUGGCCCGUGAUGCUGAAUCUGCCCCUGUCGCUUUCUCUCAUUUCCGAUUCGAUGUUGAAUGUGGUGACGAGGUGUUAUAUUGUUAUGAACUCCAGUUGGAGAGCAAGGUCAGGCGGAAAGGUCUGGGAAAGUUUCUUGUCCAGAUCCUGCAGCUCAUCGCCAACAGUACACAGAUGAAAAAGGUCAUGUUGACAGUUUUCAAACACAACCAUGGAGCCUACCAGUUUUUUCGGGAGGCCUUACAGUUUGAGAUUGACGAAACCUCGCCCAGCAUGUCUGGUUGCUGUGGAGACGAAUACUCGUACGAGAUUUUGAGUCGACGGACAAAAUAUGGCGAGGUGUCGGGUCACGCGCAUGCUGGCAGCCACUGUGGAGGCUGCUGCCAUUAGGUGCUGAUCCUGCUGUUCUGUUACACAAACACUCCUCAUACGAACCUCCUGUCAACAAUCAUGUUUGCCCUACGUUACCCCCACGUUACAGCCCCUUAAGCCUAGUUCAGUCACGCAGUGUAGCCAGAAAGAACAAGAAACGAACAUGAGCCAGUCAGAGUGCCCCUGAUAUGUUCAUCUUUCAGUAACUGGUAUUUAACAGAGUGUUUAGAGUGAGAGAUCUUGCAGUAGGUUACAGUUCAUAAGUGACCCGUAUAACAGGAAUCACCGUAAAUAAUGUGAAAAAUGGUUUGGCUAGCUAAUUUCUUGAGUGUUUAGUCAUGUGUAACGAUGAGUGUGAAGUAAGUGACUGGAAAUUUGUAAUGAAAGUGCAAAGUGCAUUAUCCUUCUGUUACAAGUUUCAUGCACAGAAUGGUUUUGUGUUGUACACAUCCAAAUUAUGUCAUGAUAUUAGGGAUUGCAGGAUAUUUAAAGCUUUAUUUACACGAUGUUUGGGUUUAAAUAUCAUGAAAGGGUGUCCUAUCACGAAGUAUUUUGAGUUUGGAUAAGACCAGUUAGUGAUUUCGCAAGCUUUCGCUAUCUUCUACCUCUGUGUUGGGUGGUUUGUUUUUUUAGUUAGUUUUCCCUGACUUAAUUUGAAAGAGUUACUCUGUAGGCUUUAUAGUUAAGAAUGAGAAGCCAUGUGGCUUUAGAGGUAAAUGGUGCUCUUAAUGACAGUGUAAAGGCGAAGCAUUUUAAAGCUAAAGCUGUGAAGCGGUGACUGAACUAGGCCUUAGAUUAAUCUCCCAUCUAUGAAGGUCCUUCUUUUGCUUACUAUUUUUAACUUAAUAGCAGCCCAUGACUUGAUGGAAAAAUAAGUAUAUUCCCUCUCCAGCUUCUUGAAUUUUUUGAAUAACAGAGAUGGCAGUAAUGGCCAUGUGACAGCUCUGUGUAGUAUGUGAACUUUUUCUCUCACCUCAGGAACCAGCAUGGUGAGUAGUACAUCUACACAUCCAAUGAUAAUCAUCACAACAAACAUCAAGGCUGGACUUGAUGCGUUUAGCCUACAAUUUUUUCUCUCUCUCUCUCUCUCUCUCUCUCUCUCUCUCUCUCUCUCUCUCUCUCUCUCUCUCAAGCUGCUGAUCAUUAUAGUGAGUUCAGGGGCAUGGCACACUGGCUGUUACUGCCAUUUUCUCUCUAUUGCUCUGUCAGGGUACUUGUACAUACAUUUUAACAAAAUGCAAGGGGCUUACUUAAGUGUUGUAUUUCUUUAAGUAACUGAAUACAGUGAAUGGCUUUGUAUUCUUUAUAAUUACUCAAACUGGUCAGUCUCAGGUCAUUCAACUAAGUAAAACCUAUAUCAAAUAUUUUAUAACAGCUAUCCCUGUCAAAUUGAUGAAGGGGCUGAUGCUUAUUGCAACACACCCUUAGUGUAGAAAUGUAAUGUCCUUUUUUUUUUUAAAAGUAUCACAGCCUUCUUUUAUCAUCUCAAAACAUGAGGUUUUUUUCCUUUUCUUAACUGUAUAUAAUCUGUUUGCCAUUUUCAUUUUAUUUGCCUUCACAAAGGUCUUUGGGGAGAAAUUACAUUGAGACAAUUUAAAAGUGAUAUGUUUGAUAAAUGAGUAUUCCUGUCUCAUGCUUUGUUGUUGAUGCAGAAAGGGAAGUUAUUUCAGCUUUUGGUGUUUUUAUUUGUAUGCAACAAAUAAACUUGUUUGACUCAAAA